GCAGACCUGGCCACUCCUCCCCUGCAGCCUUCAAUCUUCUCCCUUGCACUCCUUCUCCCUCUCUCUGCCCCUCUGCCACACUAUUCCUUACCUUUGUUCUGCAUGAUAGGCUCUGUCCCUGCUGCAACCUGGGGCACUGAGUCUGGCUCCAGACUGGCCCCAUAGCAGCAGCAGGAGCAGGAGCAGGAGCAGGGAGUGGGUACUGCUGCUGUGGGGCCAGAUUAGAACAGCAGUGUCAGCUCCAUGCCACUGCUAUACGACUGGACUAGAGUCAUGCUCCAUGCUGCAGCAGGGACGGAGCCUGCCAGCCUGGAGAAAAGGAAUAUAAAGCUACAUCUGUCCCUUCAGUGAUUUAUGACUACAAAUAAGCUUCUGCAGUAAUUGCUUCCACCUACUGUUCUGGCUUCUUCUGCUGUUAGUCAAUAGAAGAGGAGUGUUGAACGCAAAACAAAGUAUUCCUAAUAAGCAGCGAAACACCAUACAGUAUGUUUUGUACCAAACUGAAAGACUUGAAGAUCACUGGGGAGUGUCCUUUCUCGUUACUGACCCAAAGUCACAUUUCUGAUGAAAAUGAGGAGGAAAGUGCAGAAGAGUCAAACAGUUCUAGAGCACCUCUGCCCAUCUGCAAAGAAGUCCAGGAAAAAGAUGCUCAUGGAAACCCACCCCAAAGGAAAACUAGCAGGAACAGAGUGUAUCUACACACAUUAGCUGAGAGCAUCUGCAAACUGCUAUUUCCUGAGUUUGAACGGUUAAAUCUUGCACUUCAGAGAACAUUAGCAAAGCAUAAAAUAAAAGAAAACAGAAAAUCUGGAGACAGAGAAGAUUUUGAAAAAGCAGUCACUGAACAUGCACAUUCAGCAGGUGUUCCAGUGGAUGUUGCAAAGGAAUCUCUUGGUGAAGAGCUCUUUAAAAUAUGCUAUGAAGAGGAUGAACAUAUUUUAGGAGUUGUUGGUGGAACUCUUAAGGACUUCUUAAACAGUUUCAGUACCCUUCUGAAGCAGAGUGGCCAUAGCCAAGAAGGAGUAAAAAAGGACAGACAUGAAGAAGCCUCCAUAUUAUGUCUGGAAAAAGAUCAAGACUUUUUAAAUGUGUACUAUUUCUUUCCUAAAAAAAUAACUAGUCUCAUUCUUCCUGGUAUUAUUAAAGCAGCAGCUCGUAUUUUAUAUGAAACUGACGUGGAAGUGACAUUGAUGCCUCCUUGCUUCCGUAAUGAAUGCACUGAGUUUAUUAACCAACCAUAUUUGUUGUACUCUGUACAAGUCAAAAGCACAAAACCUUCGUUAUCUCCAUGUAAACCACAGUCUUCAUUUGUAAUCUCUGCUUCUUUGUUUUGUAAGACCUUUCCAUUUCAUUUCAUGUUUGACAAGGAUAUGGUUGUUCUACAAAUUGGUAAUGGGAUAAGGAGACUUAUGAAUAGGAGAGAACUUCAACCAAAAACAAACUUUGAUGAGUAUUUUGAAAUUCUUACCCCAAAAAUAAACUGCAUUUUUAGUGGGAUUAUGGCAAUGCUGAAUAUGCAGUUCACUGUACGAGUAAGGAGAUGGGACAGUUCUAUUAAGAAGUCUUCAAGGGUCAUGGAUCUUAAAGGCCAAAUGAUCUAUAUUUUUGAAUCCAGUGCUAUCUUGUUUUUGGGAUCUCCUUGUGUGGAUAGAUUAGAAGAUUUUACAGGUCGUGGACUGUACCUUUCAGAUAUUCCAAUUCAUAAUGCACUGAGGGAUGUUGUUUUGAUAGGAGAACAAGCGAGAGCUCAAGAUGGACUGAAGAAGAGGUUAGGAAAACUAAAAGCUACUUUGGAGCAGGCCCACCAAGCUCUCGAAGAGGAGAAGAAGAAGACAGUAGAUCUUUUGUUCUCAAUUUUUCCUGGUGAAGUCGCUCAGCAGCUCUGGCAGGGACAAGUUGUGCAAGCCAAGAAAUUUAGUAAUGUCACAAUGCUGUUCUCUGACAUUGUCGGAUUCACUGCCAUCUGUGCACAGUGCUCACCUAUGCAGGUUAUCACUGUGCUUAAUGAGCUCUAUACUCGCUUUGAUUACCAGUGUGGAGAACUAGAUAUCUACAAGGUGGAGACCAUUGGAGAUGCCUAUUGUGUGGCUGGUGGUUUACACAAAGAAAGUGAGACACAUGCUGUGCAAGUAGCCUUAAUGGCUCUGAAGAUGAUGGAGCUUUCAGAUGAGGUGAUGUCUCCCCAUGGAGAGCCUAUUAAGAUGCGUAUUGGUCUCCAUUCUGGGUCUGUCUUUGCUGGAGUUGUUGGAGUUAAAAUGCCACGUUAUUGUCUCUUUGGAAAUAAUGUAACUCUUGCCAAUAAGUUUGAGUCCUGCAGUGUACCUAGGAAAAUAAAUGUCAGUCCAACAACUUACAGGCUCCUUAAGGAGUAUCCAGGUUUUGUGUUCACACCUCGUUCAAGAGAAGAACUUCCUCCAAACUUUCCCAGUGAUAUCCCUGGGAUUUGUUAUUUUCUGGAUGCUUAUAUUCAAGGAACAAAUUCAAAGGCCUGGUUUCAAAAGAGAGAUUUUGAAGAUGGUAAUGCAAAUUUCUUAGGCAAGGCAACAGGAAUAGACUAAAUAGCACAUACACACAUUUACAAAAUAAUUUAAUAUAUAUUUUCAGUUUUGUAUACACUGAGAAUAAAAAGUAUAUGAAAUAUGAAAGCACUUUAGAUUGUUAACACCUGAAAACCAGUAUUAAAAUUUCAGGAAGUAUGUCACAGACUACAUUUUAUUUUUGUUUUCCAUAAGAAAUACAGUCACUAAAUAUUUCAACUUCACUGUUUUAAAAUGUUGUUUUAUAGUAUUUUGUUUUGCCUGUGAUAAUUUGUAAGUAUUACAUAACUAUUUCAAUCCUACUUGUUUUGCAAAUUCAAGAUGUGUUGUACAUAUACUGUUGCAGGAAAUGUAAUGCACAAAUGAUGCAGCCACAUGCAGUAUUGUGAGUUGCACACACCAAUGCUUAUUAAAAACAGUCUAUUUAGUUGUUCGAUCAGAGAAGUAUCCAUAAACAAUUAUAACUUUUAUCAUAAUCUUCCAUUGCAUCAUUACAUCCUUUGCGUGAGUCUUAUGAGAUAUGGACCAUCUCCUACCAUGUGCUGAAGUAAAUGAGAAUUGUGGGCACUCAGCAUUUUGUUUAAUCAGGUUGUCAGUGGUAACUAAUAACAGUAUAUAUAGCAUAAUAUGCUGCUUACUCUUUCUGAAUUUAUUAUUGUGCAUAAAAUAAAUAUUUAUAGAUCAAAAAUGUAUUAUCACAUACUGAAGCCUCUGUAAUUACCAACAGUAUUUAGUUCAUGGAGUUUUAAAUGCAAUUUAAAAAUUAUUUCACCCCUAUAUUAUGUGUUGUAGCAAUAUAUGUUUUCUCUUUGUUGCCAUUUAAUUUUAACUGUUUCAAAGACUGUAAUAAAAUAUAUUGGGAAGUGUUUACAUAGAAAAUAAAUUCCAACCAGAUUGUACAGCAUGUAGCACAGAAACACAUUGAUAUGAACAUAUGAUGUUAAACUAAAAUAAUACAGAGGUGAAAUAGACUCUGAAUAUAUAUAUAUAUAUAUAUAUAUAUAUAUAUAUAUAUAUCUAUAUAGUUCAUUCAUUUUAAAAUCGUUAUUUAGCAAUUAAGGUGAAGAGAAAGGCUUUAAGUAUAUACAUGCAGCAUUAUUACCAGGAAAUUGAGAAGCUUUUUUAGGUAUUGCAACCAUGCUGCAAACCAUGUUUCUGUGGUCUGUGCAUCACAGUAUUUUAGAUUAUGCUACUGGAACUUGUUUAACAAUUCUUGGCACAUGUGAGCCAGUUUGGAUUUCCCUUAGCUUUGUUUACUCUGCAGCAUUAUAGAAGAUAACACAAAAUGUUUUUGUUAGUGAAACAAGCAUUUCUGACCGUGUCAGUGGUACUUACAUGGCUUCAUUUACCAUUGUAUCUGAGCACCACACAGUACUUAAUGUAUUUAAUUCUAUUAGAUCCCAGUUGCUAUUUUCACCAGCAGAGCUAAUGGUAAAAUGCCUAAGAACAAAUUUAAAAAAUAGUAUAUGUUAAAACAAAUUUUCCAUAAGCACCAUCUGAAUAGCAGUGGAGAUACUGAAUCAUUCUUCAAGAGGACUUAGAAACUAGGAGAGUAAAACUAUGCUCUGUUUGAAACAGAGAAACAACAAAAUUGCAGGAACAUAACAAAUUUCUUGCUGGUAAUAGGGUCAAAACAGCAUUGUUUUUAUUGACAGAUAUUAUUAUGUUGACUUAAAGUUAUAUCCAUAGAAGAUUGAGAAGUCCUAAGAGAAUGCCUGUAGAGUCAAGUAGUAUAGGGGAACUCUUUGGAAGACCCACAAAAGGGACAUGAUUCAAUAACUACUGAAGUCUGGGAAUCAGUCCAUCCCUCGGUUAGUGCAAAUGGAAAAAAUAAAGACUUUUUAAUAAAAGCACUUUUCUUCUCCAAUAUGACUCCUUUUCUACAGUAUGGAAAAGACACUAUGGUGUGAGUUCCACUUUGGUUGAGAGAACAUUAUUUUUGUAUUGGAUAGAUGGCCUUUCUCAAGGACUGAUUUAAUAUAAAUUCAUGACUCUAUGGGAAGUACAUCAUGCAGUUUUUUGACUGCUCCCAUUUCUUUUAGAGGGAAUCAUUUGAUGUGAGUGUAAUUUGGCCUUACAGAAAGAGGUUUCUUUUCCCAAACAUCUGACUGCCUCAUUUAGUCUAAAAUAUUUUGAGCCAGAACAUCAGCUAGUGCAAAUUUCUGUGAUAUCGUUGUCUUCAAUAACUUUAUAUCUCAAAAUGCCCAAAUAUUCCUUAUCCACUAAUGCUGCACUUCAGAGAGGACACGUCUACACAAGAAGCUAAAUACACAGUAGACUAAUUCUGCUGAACAUUAGCACAUCACAGCAAAACCUGUGCUAAUGAACUAAUGCACAUUUGCGCCACUUAAAAUGUGUGCACCAGCGCUACUGCACAGUAGCACCAGUUACUUCAAAUUGAGUUAGUACCUGUUAUUACAGGCACUAAAUAACGUGCAGUAACUAUGGCACACUAACGCACAUGUAGACAUGCCUGGAAGCAUUCAGGCUAGGUGCUUUAGCACAUGCUUAGCCUUAAGCAAAUACAUUUGAGCUCAUUCAAGUCAAUGAGAUUUAAGCACCUUCUUAAAAUUAAAUAUGUGCUUGAGUUUCCUUCUGAAGAGGACUUAGCAUAAGAAUGUGGUGCUGGGGUCUUUUCCUGAAUCAAGGCUUUAAGUAUGUACUUAAGUCACAGUGAUGUCAAGCUCCUGUUCAAUUUCUUCGCUGAAUCAGCACCUAAGUACUGAUGCAAAAAUACAUGUGUUUAAAACCAAAUAUUGUUAUUUAAACAUGAACUAAGGCAGAAACAUCAAAAAGCCAACAAGUGUGCUCUCGAAAAUUACAAAAGAAAGAUAAAUUUUAACUGACAUAAUAUUUUCAGCAAGCAAAUCAAUAUAAUGCGGUUGUUUCCAAUCUGUUGUCCUGUAUGUUCUCUUGCAUUCAGCCACAUAGUAUGCUGGAGCUCAGAUACCAUUUGAUGACAACAACAUAAAUGCAAAGGUAGAUUAGAAUGUGAAACACUUGCAUCAGAUAUGCAAAUUGUAGUAGAUCAAGAUGAUUCUGUGAGCAUGGUCCUCAUUUACACUUUACGCUGUUUUGAUACAAUUUACAUCUAUGUUUACAGUCCCCUGCUCUGUCAAAGUGGUGCAAAGGGGCUUUGUAGCAUAAAUGUGAACCAGGAUCUAUGAACCUAAUAAUUUUGUCACAUAUAUCUAAUGUUAAAGGUAAAUCAAACAGUUCUAUUGGCAAUGAUUCAUUCCAUCAAGGUCUGAUACAAUGUCAAAGAGCUGAUUGGAAGAUUUUUUCUCAUCCCUGGUGCCAGAGGAAGUGCAAGUAGUCUGAGGUUCUUUUUUUCAAACCAUUAUGUGAAAACAAAGCAAAAACAAACAAACUCCCAGAAACUGAAAAAACAAUGAAGUGCAAAGAUAGUCAAGCCCUUGGGCCAGAUCUGAUCCCUCCUGUGAAAUCACACAGAGGGGGCUUUCAUAUUCUUACAGACCUUAAUUAUUUCUCACAUCCCUUUCCACUGUAUUCUCUGUAUCUGCAGCUACAGCAGCAGUACAGAACCCCAGAUUAGCAUACUUUGCCACAACUGCCCAAAAAUCCAUUUUUCACAUAUGGAAAACAGGGAUGGGAGCCAUAGGAAUGAAAGGGCCUUUCUCUUGGGGUUUGACCAGUGUGUGCUUUUCCUCACUCCCCUUGAUCCACAACAGGGAUAUUUAUGUUGACCUAUUGUAUUUUUCAUGUCUCUUCCUUGCUCUAUAAAAUCUGUGGGAGGGGAGUUGAAGCUUCCUGGAGCUGCAGUAACAUCUGUGGCAAUUUGCCAUCUAGUAUAGAAAGGAGUAUGUUCCCAAUCCUUCUUCAUUUUCUCAGGACACACUUUGUCAGCUACAGAAAAAGAGCCAGAUACUUUAUUUUAAAUGAAAGUCAAGGCUUUCUUUUAUGCAUCUGGAUCCUGUCCACUGGUGUUAGCUGUGGGUUUCAAAGGCACCAAAACACAUCUCUGGAUUUUGGUGGGAAUAUUGGUAUUUGGACAACAGGGAGAAGUGUCAGGUACCUUGCCUUUCUUUAUUUUCUGGUUUAUUGGUUUGAAAUUAUUCUGUUUUUCCUCUCCUCUUGACUGCAAAACAAAGGGGAGAACAUGACCCAUUAUUUUAAGAAACUCAGCAGUGCUUAAGAUAUGCAUUCUCUGAGCUUAAAUGGCAGGAUCUGAAUGUUAAAUAUGAAGUUAUGCUGGAACAUGAAGCUGGAUAGUCAGGCAAAGAAAUAAUAAACUUGAAGGAAUCGCGAAGUCAACAACCCUGUAGAGCUGCAUGUCCCAUGUGCCUUUUGAUCCUGAACAUAAAGUAAUGCUUCUAGUUAAGCCAGCAGUUACCUAUUGUAAAUGGAAAUAACCUCCUUGGUUUGCUUCCAUUUCUGCUACAUGUAGAGACUUAAACUGAAACUGUUCUGUCAUCUGAACUUUGGGAAGUUACAAGGUUGCCAAUCAAAGUUACUACACAGCUUUUCACUUUUGUUCAGUAGUCUUUUUUUCAAACUUAAGUAUUAAGGUUAUUUUAGAAAUGCUUGUAGUAGAAUGCUCCAAAAAAUGGAUCUUUCAUGGUGGGGAGGGAUGGGGCUAAGAAAUUGCCCUUUGGCCCUGUGGAAUCCUUUCCCCAGUGAAAUUCAGUAUUUGCAGAUGUGGAGAGGUGGAAGUAACAUAUUUAGUGAUGGGAACAAACCUACUCAACCAGAUUUUCUUUGCUGAACCAGACCCAGAAGGAAUUGCAGCACAAAUUAAUGACCCUGGAGAUCUCACUUCAAUAUUCAUACAUAACUUUGACUUCAGUAGGCUUUAAAUCAAGUCCUGAGUUGGUAUUCGUCUGCUUCAGUCUGUCAACAUCACACCUUCCCUUGAAGAAAGAGAAGACAAAGCUCACAAAAGUUUUCUGCCUUCUACAUAGGUUAUUCUAAUUCAGAGAAGCAUGAGUCCCUGGGCACAUCGACACGUGUGAUUAAUGCACAUGAACAAACUGUUUUACUCCUGGGCAUGCUGUUUGAACGUGCACCUGGGAGCAAAACCUCUGGAGCAUACUGCUCUGGAGUUAAUUCGUGCAAAGCAUGUGAAGCCUGGUUGGAGCAGCCUGGGCUGGCAAGGGACCCUGGGGGUCAGCCUGCCAGCCCAGGGCUGCUCUGACUGGGUUGCAAAUGCAGCAGAGCAUCUGGAUGAGGCACGAAGGUGCUUCAGCACUGGGGCUGUCUGCUAGCUAGCCCCACACAAGCACCUUGUGCCCCAGCCAUCUGGGGCAGUGUCUACAUGUGUGCUGCUGCAUAUGAAAAACCUCCAAAGCAGGGUAGUACGUGCAUUUUAAAAGAACUACCCUGCUGCAAAGUUUAUUAGCUUUGUGAACCCUAAUAAGGGUGCACAUGUAGACACAGAACUGUUUACUGCACAGUUAAUCAACUGUGCAGUAAACGUCUCAUGUAUAUGCACCCCUUGAGCAUUAUUCUAAACUGUUAAAUUCAUCUUGGAUUACGGUCUGACAGUGUCAGAAUUAGAAUUUAAGUGGUAUGUUUUGCUCUAAGACAUCACAGAAUAUUUCUGAAGAAAAUGCAUUUGUAUUUGUACAUCCUUAAAUGUAUGUUAUAAUGAUGAAAAUAUCAUGCCUCUGACCACUGUGAUUUGAAACAGUUGAAUAGAAAACCCAAAGCAGGCUUUCCAUGACUUAGUGGAUCAAGAAACCUUCUAUUUACAUACUACAGGGCCAUACAUAAUCCAGGGAGUUCAGCAUUUAACAAUAUUUUUCACUAUUUAUAGUGACUUUUGGGGGCCCCCUAGCAACGAAAUUGUGUCAAAGCAACUAGUGACAAAGCUGGGAACUUUCACUGUAGACAAAAGCAAAUUUCAGAGAAGCUGCCAAAUUCUCCAGUGUCUGCAUCAGUGAGAAAGUAAAAACUUUUAUUAUGGAUUUAACUAUACUUCCUUAAACUGUGCAUUUUAAAGGUUACAGUUAACAGAUCUAUUUUUUAAAUAUAUAUUUUACUUAUUUAUUCGUUCCUUUUAGUCCCUGAAUUGCUAGUGCAGUUAAAUCCCUUGGAAAGCAAAGGCACUAAUGUUCAGGAGCAGAUCUAGGAGGGGUGCAGUUGCAUGCCCCCUCUGCCCCUCCCCCCCCCACUUUGAGUUGUGGUCAACCCAAAGUUUAAAACUGACUACCGGCAGUGGCAGCAGCAUUUCUAGUCAGGUAGUGCAGACUGAGUCAAUUGACUUCAUUUUAAUCAACCUGAUACCUUCUAAACUCUUCAUUUCAUGCGUGUUAACAACACUCUCUUCUUUUAAUAGUCUUGAUGUUCCACCAAACAAGCUAUCCUUUGUUCUGCAGUCUGUUAGCUGCUCCUUGUAAUGAAGCUCCAAUUUCACAGCCCUACAGAUUGUUUUUACUCAUUCCAAUGAAGUAAUAUUUGUUUUUGCUUCAAACUUAAACUGAAUAAUACUGUCCUAGGCCACUAGCCUAUUAACAUAGCUGCUAGUUUAUUUUUAACUGGAGAAAAAAUAUGUGUUGUUUUAUAUGCGAUGAUGCACUUCACCAUUUGCACUCCCUUUGCAGAAUUCUACAUCUCCCCAUGCUAAUGUUAGAUUUUGCAAAGUGGAGUCCCAAAACAUUAACCAUUCUUCAGUAAUAUUGACAUGAUGUUAUAGUCAUGAUGAUCCAGGAAAUAUGUGAGAGGCAAGUUUUUGUGAGAGAUAAGCUUUUAUUGGACCAACUGCAUGUUUGGGAUAGAUUUAGACAAGCUUUUGGGUAUCACAGUACCCAAAACUGUACUAAGACAAGAGGAAUACCUGAGAUGGGGUACUAUGAUACCCAAAAGCUUGGCUAAAUCUAUCCCAACUAUGUAGUAGGUCCAAUAAAAGAUAUAACCCACAAAAACUCUUACCUCUAAUCAUUCUUCAGUAAUUUAACUAGUUCAGCAACAAUAGGACACUAAGGGACGUGGCAUACUUUUCAUUUAAAAUGAGAUUAGCACAUGAAUUGCUCCAUAAAUUGUAACCUGGACACCCAUUAAAGCUAGUUUAUGGCAAGAUAAUAUAUGCCAUGGCUCAAGCCUUAAAUUGAACAUGUUGCAUGUUGUGGCUUAGCCAUGACAGAUCCCUAUGUUCUACUAAGCUUAGGGAUCCAGCAUGGGGCAACCUCAGGGUCUGAGACACAGCCAUUACCUACUGUCAUAUUGAAUGAAAUAGUUUGAAUGUUUGUAAUGGUUGCCCAUUAGCCAGUUUCAGGAAGAAGAUAAGAUUUAUCUCCUUAUCUAGCUCAUUGUUUUUGGACUACGUGCAAAAGGUCCUGACUUUUUAUCUUUAGAAGACUUUUACAAAGAGAGCAAAUAUCCUGAGUUCCGAGAGAUCAAACCCUAGGGCCUUUUGACCAGAUUGGUAAGAAAAGGUCACUUACAGUGAUAUGGAAGUUUCCCAAAGUAAUUUAAGAUGAUUAACAAAAGAAACUAAUUACUAAGCAAAAGAAUCUGUUGAGUAAGAUCCGAGCCCAAAUUUGGGGGUAAUGACAGGUUUGAGUAGGAGGAGCCCAUUGACGGCAGCUCACUCAAUAAAAACUGUAACUUACUGUCCCAAUUUGGAGGUGACUUCACUUGCAGAACAACGAAGGAAGAAUCGCGAAUGUAGGCCGGAUCAGACUGAUCACCUGAACCAACCUCUCCGUGAACACAAAUCUCUUAGUUCACGCUGAAGCUGCAGAGCGCCCGAAAGGGACUGAAGGAAGGGGACUUAGUCCUAUCACUGCUGAGCUCAGCUCAUUGAAUCGUAUUGCUGAGGCCAGCCUAUUGAAUUGUAUUGCUAAGGCGAGCCCAUUGAACCGUACUACUUAGGCCAACCCAAUAAAUUGUACUACUGAGGAAUGAAACCAUAUUUUGGUAUUUGGCUUCUCGGAAUUCUAGGAUUGUAGGUAUAUUAUGAAAAUAAUAGUAUUGAUUCAAAUUUAACUUUUAGUUGUAAUUGUAGUUGUUUUUGUAAUACUAAUUCUUAUAGUAUUGUUUGGAAGGAAGUGCAUUUGGGGCAUUGUUUCUGAUAUAUGUAAUUAUUGUGUUCUUAAUGUUUGUGGUGUUUCUUAAAGCUAAGCAGUGUUAUAUACGUAGCAAAGAGUUUUAAAAUAAAAUUGUGUUGUAUGAA